CUCAGCCCGAGAUCUCUCCGAGGUGUCUCUCGGCUCGGCGCAUGCGUUGACCGAGCUCUCUCCCUGCUUGAGUCUCCACUAUGUGGAAUAAUAACGUUAUUGCCGAGCAACGGGACGGUUGAUGAUGUUUGCCUGAGUCGGGGCAGAGGGCGGCUGCGCUGCUAGGAUCCUUCAAUAAUCUACUGGUAGCAUAUUACUAACCUGUGGAUCAAAAUACUGGACGAUUACUAGCCACAUGAUCUUUUGGAAGUUUGAAAAAGGCUAUAAUAUCAAAAAAGACAUGCAAGGAUGACAUAACCUGGAAUCAGGUUCAGUAGCAGCAGAAAUGAGCUUGACAUCUUGGUUUUGGUGAGCAGUGGAGGUACUUCGCACCCGCCUACCACGUGAAAUGAUCUUUGUAGGCCGGGACGACUGUGAAUUGAUGCUGCAGAUGGCCAAAGUGUGCAAAGUCCUGCAGAUACGAUCCCGCAGUGUGGACAAGCAACAUGCCGUGAUCAACUAUAACUCUACUGAAGAUGAGCAUAAAGUAAAGGACCUUGGCAGUCUAAAUGGGACAUUUGUUAAUGAAGCCCGCAUACCAGAGCAAACCUAUAUCACUCUGAGGAUGGAUGAUAAACUUCGAUUUGGAUAUGAUACUAAUUUGUUUACUGUGGUGAGAGGGGAACUGCGAGUCCCUGAGGAAGCACUUAAGCAUGAGAAGUUUACAAGUCAAUUGCAGUUACAACAGAAACCUCCAGAGGUAGAAGAAUCAAAAGAGGAAAUGGACAGUUCUGUGGAGGCCAGAGCAGAUACAAUGUCCAAUGCAGUAGACUUGCACAAAGCUAUUACAGUAGAUAUGUCUACUAUGCCAGUAGCCCGAGGUACGCCUCUGUAUGGACAGCCUGCUUGGUGGGGUGAAGAUGAUGCAGAUGAUGAAAAUUCAAGCAAGCAAGACCCCAAGCCAGUGAGUGUGAAGCUUGAAAGCAGUGCUACAGGAGGUAGGAACUCGAGCAGAAAUCCCAAGGAAGCUGGUAAACCUGAAGAUGAUAGCAAAAACUUAGAAGAGGAAGUAACUUAUCCAUUCUGCAAAGAACCAAGCUAUUUUGAAAUUCCUACUAAAGAAACUCAUCAGUCUGUCCUCUCAGUAGAAAGUUCAAUUCAUGAAAUCCCAACAAAGGAUACAGAGGCUUCACGUGCAGUAGUUCAAGGACAUGCUUCAUUUACGAUAGAAUUUGAUGAACACACUCCAGGGAAAGUAACAAUCAAAGAUCAUGUCACUAAAUUCACUCCAGAUCAGCGUCAGAAGCUGAAGAAGUCUCCACCAGCUACAAAAGAACUGUCUGGACUUCAGGCUGCUAUGAUAGCAGCAGAAAGCAAAGUAGCUGAUUGGUUGGCACAAAAUGAUCCGCCCAGAAUGAGACGGGAAUCGGUGGAUGAUGAUUCCAAAAGCAUAAAGAGUGACCUCACAAUUCAGAUGAGACGGUUAAAAGGAAAUAAACAUGAUGAUGGAACACAAAGUGAUACAGAAAAUGGAAAUGGUCAAAUACGUGCUCACAAACAUGCUGCACUUGAAGAUCAAUUGAGGAUGUAUCGUGCUGAGCAACAGAGGCUUCAUCUUCAGAAGACUUCAAUUUCUGAAAAGGGCCAUGAAAUUUCUUCAAUGAGUCGGACUGCCUUUAUGAUUGAGUUCUUUGAUGAGGAUAACCCACGAAAGAGAAGGUCCUAUUCUUUCACUCAAGUUGCAGCAGCUGUACCUCAAGAUGGUCCUCAUCCAUUUCCACCUGCAAAGCCAGACAGGUCACAAGCUAACAUGACUAGUUCAAAGGCAGUUUCAUUUACACAUCAACCAAGUCCUCCUCAUGCUAAAUCAUCACAGGUUAUACAUGAAUCUCAUCAAACAAUACAUUUACAAAAACAAAAAACUGAAUCGCCAGUUCCUUUAGUAAUAGCCCAAGCACCUCAGCAGAGAAGUUCUGGUAGUGCUGGGCAAAGACAGAAUCAAAGUAAUAUGGAACCACAAACAAUUUCACCGUCUGUUUCAAAGGAAAAUGAUGAUGACCAAAGUGACAAAGGAACGUACACAAUUGAACUUGAAAAUUCCAAUACAGAGGAAGAGGAAGCUCGUAGAAUGAUUGAUACGGUGUUUGGAGUAGUAGAUUCCCAAAAUUACACUGGCUGUGGUAUCACAAGGCCAGUCAUUGCUGAACAAAAAAUCAAAUGGAAACAAAAUUCUCCUGAACAAGUAACAGGUGCAAGAAAUGGGGAAUUUAGUAAAGAACUUUUGAAUGACACUGAGACACAACCUGAAGGCUCCUUUGCACCCACUUCCCCCAGGUGGGUGUCACAAUGGGCAAAUUUAGCUGCCAAUGAUGUAGCAGCACAAACAUCUAUUGCUCACGACCAAGAUAUCAGUGAAUCUGGUAUUUCAGCAAAGAGCGCAUCAACGACAUCAGAAACCGCUUCAGCCUAUGUGGCCGAAAGAAAGAGAAGAACACUUCCACAGCUUCCAAUAGAAGAUAAAAUUGUAGAAGGCCAAAGGUCAAAAGAUUCCCUUGCUUUAAGUGCAGCAAAGCCCAGACGAGAAAUAGAUGAAAAGCAAGACACUGAGCUCCCUGAGAAAGAAACUACAACACCACCUCACCAAAAAGACAAGCAAAAGGAACACACUAAUGCAACAUGGCCAGCAGAUGGCUCCAGUAUUAAAACCAGCAAUGCUGGAAAUAUUCGCAAUGAAACUGCAAACAGUAAGGAAGCAGCGGUGUUUCAUUCUAGUAAUUCCACACAGCCUAUUAAAGCAAAAGCAGAUGCUAUCAGGGGAAUAUCGGCAACAAGGCAAUCUUCACCUAAAACUCAACAACAGGGCCACAAAGAAAAUUUAUACCAUCGGAGCGCUUCUAAAACAAUGACUUCCAGUAAGCAUUUACUUAGCACUGCCAACCAAACUGACAAAAACAGAGGAGCAUCAUCAAGGCAAGUGGUCUCCCAAAAAUCUAAUGUUCAGGAAUCAAAACUAGCAAUUUCGGCGAGCGCUUCAGAUAAAGCAGUAAUUCAAAGUGAAGAUAAACAGAAUAAAUCAGAAGAGUCUGACAGAGGGCACAAUUCUAAAGGUGCAGACACAGAAACGAAAGAUUCUCAUAGAACCUUGGUCAGACAGGGAAGUUUCACUAUAGAAAAGCCAAGUGGUAAUGUGCCCUCAGAGCUCAUACCUCGUAUCACUGUGCAGUCUGGUUUAUCUGGUGAUGCACAUAAAACCACAUGCAGGGAGAGAAGUAAUUCUAUUGGAGCAGAUUCCACCACUGGCACUACUGCAUUGUUGAAGGAUACAGAGGCAGUGAUGGCUUUUCUAGAAGCAAAGCUAAAGGACAAGAACAAGCUGGACGGUGAAGCAGAAACUCCAAGCUACCACAGGGAUGAUUCAAUUUCCCCAGAAUCCGAUGUGGACACUGCUAGUACUAUUAGCUUAGUUGGUGGAGAUGUAGAAAAGAAAUCUCUUCAAAAACGGAGAACUCUGAGUAACCUUCACAAGGAGAAAAGUUUCACAAAAUCUCCUAAGGAUCAGUCAAGAGCUGUUGUAACCAAUGUUAGAGAAAAAUUUGUAGAUAGGAAAGCCAAAACUCGUGGAUCAGAGCCUAAUAUUAGAACAGAGCCACGCAGAUCAAUCCAAACCACUGGAAGAGUGAGACAGGCCUCCUUUGACUUGACUGAUGAUGACCAAACUUCAAGUUUACCUCAGUCCACCAUCUCUGAUUUUCUUUCUUCAGAUCAGGAGACCUAUUCCAGUCGAUCACAAGGGCGGACAUCAUUUACAUCCACAGAUGAGCUAUUGCAUUCUAAAUUGGCCAGCAAUAAAUUAUCCAAGACAAAAACUACUGCUGUUGGCUCAGCAAGCAAAUCGACCACACUACCAAAGCCUCGACCAACCAGAGCAUCUAUUUUACGGAGGGCACGCCUUGGAGAUGUAUCAGAUAAUGAAUUAGCUGAUGCAGAUAAAGUUUCAGUGGUAUCUGAAGUAUCUACAACCAGUUCCACUACAUCGAAGCCACCGACGGGCAGAAAAACACCCUCUCGAUUAGAUCUCCUUGCUCAACCACGACGCAACCGAUUGGGUUCCAUAUCAGCUCGCAGUGACUCUGAAGUAACAAUAAGUAGGAGUAGUGGUGGUCGAAACAGUGACUCCUCCAUUCGGAGUAACUUGCGUGGCAUCUCAAUGAUAGAUAGCAAAGUGUCUCCCCGACUUCGUGCUAAUAGUAUUUCAAGAAUGCCUGAUUCUUCCAAGAGCAAAAUAUCUGCUAUGGGACAAGCUUCCCCAUCAGUUAUAUUGCAAGGUCCAAGAUGGAGGCGGUUUCCUACAGAUUAUGCUUCAACCUCUGAAGAUGAAUUUGGGUCAAAUCGAAGUUCACCUAAACAUAGCCGUUUAAGAACCAGUACUGCACUGAGGAGCACUAAGCUGCAAAGUGGUAAUGUGACACCGUCAACCAACAUGCUGCUGAAAAAUAAGAUGAAGGAGCAGGAUGACUACAUAAGAGACUGGACUGCUCACAGUGAGGAAAUUGCCAGGUAUCUUUCAAUAUCAAAGAUCAGUCAAGAUCUGGCCAAGGAUCUGGCCAUCCUUGCACGUGAAAUCCAUGAUGUGGCAGGUGAGAUAGAUUCUGUGAGUUCAUCAGGCACAGCCCCUAGUACCACAGUAAGCACUGCUGCCACCACCCCAGGUUCAACCAUUGAUACAAGGGAAGAGGUAGGAGACCUUCAUGGAGGAAUGCCUAAGUUGGUUGAUCGUGUUUUUGAUGAAAGUUUGAACUUCAGAAAAAUUCCUCCAGUGCCAUGUAUAAAACCAGCAGCUGGAAAUGGUCGACCAAGUGAAACCAGAUCUCGAAUUUUAGAAGCUGCUGAUCAGGCUGCAACAAAGAGGAAGACGUGGAAUAGAGAUGAAGUUGUUUUAGACAGUUUGAUGCUGACCUCGGUAUCACAGUUAUCGCAGAAAAUACGCCACACAAUGGAGAAAACUGCUCUGAAGAUCAGGGUUUUAUUUAAAAAUGAAGAUAGAAACUGGGAAGAAAUAGAAUGCAAAAUGCGUUCUGAAAGUGAAAUUCCUAUCCUGAAAACUUCAAAUAAGGUGGGAAAGGAGAUUUCACUGAUCUUGCAGGAGUUAAAGAGGAUAGAGAAACAACUCCAAGCCAUCAAUGUGAUGAUUGAUCCAGAUGGUGCACUGGAUUCAGCAUGUGGUUUGAAAAUACCAUGUUCCAGUUUGCCUGGGCAGCCCAAACAGAAGAGUAGUCCAACACGCCAUUCUCGUAUCUCCACCUCCAACUCUGACUACAGCAACCAUUUAAGCCAGUAUAAACAGAAUGGAGGAGAUAAAGAUGAUUCUUUGCAUGAGUAGCAUUGUCUCGUAGUCUCUUUAAAGUGGCAAACUAUAUACCAACAGACCACAUUAUUGAUUUGGCCUGUAUUGAUGAGAACAUUUGCUUGCCAUUUAAUUAUCUAGCCUCAAGGUGUUUUCUUGCUUUCCGUGGUUCUUUUGUCACCACGUUACUCUUGCUAGAGCUGUAAGCUUUGCAUCCAUCCAGUAAUGGAACAUUACGGUAGGAGUUGAAGGGGGGGAGGGGAAGGGGGGGAGGGGGGGGGGGGGGGGGGGGUUAGAUGAGAUGGGGAAAGGACACAGUGGUGUGCAGUGAAAUGUGAAUCACAUUGACAGAUUCAUGAGUCAUCUUCAAAAUGAAAUGGAGAAGCAAAUUGGCAUUAUUACUGAAACUGGAAUAAAAGUACAAUGUAAAAUGGGUUAAUUUAUAGGCAAUACAAGCCAAGAAUAUUGGAAAAAACAUUAGUACCAAACUGCUUAGGUAUGUUGGUCAGUUGAAGCACAUGUUGAAUCAAGGACUAAUGUUUUUGUUAUUUAUGUGUGUUUAACAUGUAAACCACAGAUUCUGCAUAAGAUAUUCCUUAACUGUAUAAAGUAGAAAACAUAUUCACCGAUUAUUGUAAUAUGACAAAAAUCUGUGCUUUACGCUCUGGUCAGAAGUAGGUCAUGUUGUAAAGUCCUGUUGAUUGCACCAUUGUUACCUUACAUUUUUGCACUAUUGGCAACAACGUGAGCUGCAGGAUGGGAGUAUUGCAUUGAUGGGAUUUCAUUUUUGUUUCUUGUCUUAGUCCAUCACAUUUAAACAAAACUACAAACCAGCAAAAAGAACAAAUGGUGCAUUAACUUUAUAGAAUUUAAGUGGAAGGAUUACGUGAUUUGGUUCUUAAGAGAAAUUGAAUGUUUUCAGUUCUGUGGUAGUAAAGUGAUUAAUUGAUCAAGAUAAGUGCUCAUAAUCAAUGGCUCCUAUGGAAAUCUGUUAGCUAACAGGUGAUAUUACAUUAGUGUGAAUAGUAUAGAUCAUUUUUUAAACAAACCUUUGAAUAAGGCAGGCACAGACAGCACACAUUCACAUAUCUGGUAUACUUUUGUUUCCACACCAAGAGCAACGAUUCCUCGCAAACAUCUCCUUUAAUGUUGUUGAGCAUUCUCCAGACUAUUUUUUGGCAGAGGCUAACAAAAUUUUAAAUGAUCAAUUCAGAACAUUCUAGCAGUGCAGCAUGGGUAGAAAGGAAAUCGUACUGAGAUCCUACUGGAGUACUCAGCUUUAUUCUAUAUUUGACUCUACUGUACCAGAUCUGAGUGUUUACGGCUCACUCGGCAUAUGUUCCGCUUACCACCAAUGAUCUCCCUCUUUCCAACAAGAUUUGUUUGUAACAAUAACUAUUUUCCGUCCAUCUGACAAAAAAUCAUUUUGGAAAAUUUCUCACUUUGUUCCCAAGUAGAAAUAACUUGGUACUACUUUAUUUGUUUCCAAAUGGUUGUAAAGUCAUAAUGCAGAAUGUUUUGUUAUUCAGCUUUAUUUUGAAAUUACAUUUGGAGAGGCCAUAAAAUGCAUGCAAUGAAAAAUGGAAACCAUUUGAUACAAAUAGAAUAAGUAUUUCUGAGAAUGCAUUUAAGAUAUUAAGAUAUCGUUUGGGACAUGGUGGAGAGAUAUCUAUAAAAUCUUCCCUCGGAACAUUUGCUCUGGGUAUCAUAGGCCUGUGUGGUAUUCUCCACCACUUGUGUUAUUUAUAUUCCCCAGCAUUAUCAACGGUGAAAUCCAUUCAUUUUUAAGGGAAACUAAUUUUAACCUAAUUGAUGUUUAAUCACAGAACAUAUAACCAUUUAGUUAAGUCUUGACUAGAUCAACUUAAUGUUUGUGUUUUGGUAAGUGAACACUUGUAGUUUCUUACUGCCUACCUGAAUCAAGUAUUUAUUGUGCUCAUGAAAUAUUCAUAACACAAUUUAGGCCUUAAACUAAUAUUACUGUGUCUUUGCCACCUGGAAGCAAAAGUAUAGUCACUCCUCUCCCUUUUACUUUUAAGAACAAAGCUGGAAUUGAACCUGACAGCUAUGUAUCAAAUUUGCAUCACACUCUCUAAGUUGCUUUUAAGCUGUACAGUAAAUGACACAGGUGGGCUGUAUCUAUCAAUUUUGCUUGUCUUGAGUGGUGAUAGCUCUCUGGUACAAGUUAACCUACAAAAAUGUAGAUCAGCCGCCUUAGAAAUAUAUUGUGUCCCUAUCAUUCAUCCCUUGCUUCAUUACUCUUUGCCACACAGACUGCUUUUUCUGCAUUACUGACUUCAUGGUUUAACUUUGGAGGAAAAGGAGUGCUGCAUUACCAAGCAUCAUCUGUGUAGUGAUUCAAAAGAGAGACUUUGGGGAGAGGGAAGAGAGCAAGGACAAUAGUUUGUUUCACAUAUGAUCAUAUCAUUUGUAAGUGUGAAUAAUCCAAAGAUAUUUUUAAAUUGUGGUAUCUUCAUUUCAGUUUUUACUUUUGUAUAUUAACAUUAUCAAAAUAAUGGUAAAAGGAAUAACUCUGCCUAUUUUGUUAUUGACAAGUGAAUUGCCUUUGCUUUUGUAUAUAAACAAGAUGCAUUUCUGACAUAUCUUCAGUUCAUUGUUAAUAUGGAUUCUACUGGGCUAUGCAAUGGUCCAAGUUAUCCCACUAACUGACAAUUUUCUCUGGAAUAGUUAUUGAAAACAGAUGAAUAAACUAAGCAAUAGUUAACAUAUGUUAUUGCGAAAUGUUUGCAUUGAAACAUUUACAAGUUUCUGUUCAAGUAUCCCAUUGUAUUAUAAAGUGCCUGUGCAGGUGUGAAUAUGACAUUUAAGUUUUAUUUACUUUUCACCACAAUUUUGAUACACUGAAUUAUCAGGGCAUUCUCACUAAUUUGUGAUGUGAAUUCAACUCUAAUAUUAAGCCAAAUUUAUUUUUGGUAAUUUGAAAUGGGAAAUUUAUUAGAUUGGCAAUGUAGAAUUGCUCCAAACUAACUUUUGAACAUUGGGUGGUUUGGGUCUAAUUUUGUUUUCCCCCUCUAAACUGUGAGAUGACCAAAUAUUGCCUGUAUUUUCUUUCUCUCUUUUCCCACUCUCCACCUGGCAGGUAUUUAUUACAACAGCAUCAGAACAAUUUUACCCCAUGGAUGGAAAUGUGAUUAACAGUUGUACUAUGCUUUACAAGUAAAUAGCAAUGGAGUGAAUUUUCCAAUUUCUAAAUAUGCUAGCUAACCACUUCACUUUAUUGUGUUGGUUUUAUGUGUUUACACAUUUGUGUUAUAACUUGUAAUAUCUUUGUUUUACAGUUACAUGGUUUUCUCCUGAUUUUGUAUGAACUCUUGUUAUCUCUAUUUAUUUUUAUUUGGUUAUAUAUGUUCAUUUGUAUUUUUACAUUUCUAUUGUUUCAAAUAAAAGUUUCCCCCUCCGA